CCGAGCCAAAAAUAAAGACGUGAUUAGUGCGCGCAUGUGCACAUACAUGGGAUACACGAGGCAACACCCCAAUCCAUUGUUACCAAAGGCCACCUGAGGAUGGCGCUCCUCAUCCUUGCAUGAAGCGUUCAGAGCCGCCACAAAUUGCGGCGCGCAUGUGCGUGUGCACGCAGGAGAUAGACCGAGCCGCUUGUCUGCCUCCUUUUCGAUGUUGUGUUGCCUCCCUGUCGCUGCGGAGCUGUGCUGCUCUUCUCUCCAUCUCCUCUUUCCUUCCUUUCUUUCUCUUUCUUUGCCUUUCUACUCCUGUCUCCCCUCCUCCUCCUCCUCCUUUGUCUCACAUCAACCUUCCUGCUCUCCUUGCAUGCCUCGGUCCUGCACCUCUUGCUAAGCAUCCCGGCAAAUGGUUGCUCCAUCCCUGGUAACUCUGGACGCAGGACACAGCCAGAAAGCGCACGGCUCUGUUUCCAUCUAAACUGAGCACACUGCGGAUUGACUUGCGGGGGAGGCGGAGCAGGUAGAGGAGGAGAAGCCGGUCUCUGACUGUGGACAAGAUCCUAUUUCGCAAUGCCAGUGCCAGAGCAGCCUGUUGAGCAGGAGAAGGGGGCCAUGGUCCCCCCGGUGAUGCCAGCCGCCAGUGUAGACAGAUCUGAGACAGAGACGACCUCUUCCAUCCUCGCCUCGGUCAAAGAGCAGGAGCUUCAGUUUGAACGACUGACCAGAGAACUCGAGGCAGAGCGUCAGAUCGUUGCCACCCAACUCGAGAGAUGCAAAGUGGGAUCAGAGGGAGGAAGCAUGAGCAGCAUCAGUUCGACAGAUGAGCAAUUCCGCUGGAACGCUCAAGCGGACGGACAGAAAGAUAUCGAAGAUGAGUUGACAACAGGUUUGGAGUUGGUGGAUUCCUGCAUUCGCUCCCUACAGGAAUCAGGAAUACUUGACAGUGGAGAUCGACCGGCUCUUCUUUCCCAGAGUUCUUUGCAGCUCAACUCCACCCCGGAGGCUUCGCUCCAGUACUCUGCCAGCUACCAUAGCAACCAGACCCUCGCCCUUAGCGACAGCAUCUCCGCAGCAACUCCUCAGCGCAGCGGGCAGGUCGGAGGAGCUGUGCACAGCUACAACCAGGUGACAUCGAGUCGGGCAGCCCAACCGCAGCAAUCACAACCUGGAGCAGGAGCAGGUAUCUACUACUCCAGCUCCACCUUGCCAGCCCAGCGUGUCAGUUCCCCUUUGACUGGAGGAGGGUCUGGUUCUCCUAAUAAGCUCCAGCGCCUUGGGUCAGCCUCAGACUCACCAGGGUACUCCACCACCCAGCGCCUGCCUUCUUCCUCCUCUUCCUCACCAAACAAACAGUCCCCUGCCAAUCGACUGGCCAAGUCGUACAGCACUACAGUUGCUGUAACAACAGCGGGAGGGCCAGGGUCUCCCCUGAGGGUGGUGUCUCCACCCAACUCAAUAGCAGGGGGAGGGGCCAGUUCAUCAUCAUCACCCCUCCACCAGAUGAGUUCAGGCAUAGGGAGCUAUGCUACUCUGUCACCCAAAAGACUGGCAUCUCACCACGCCUCCGACCAGUACAAGAUCUCCCACGAACUCUACGCCACAGCUACACUCCAGAGACCUGGCAGCCUGGCCGGUUCUCGUGGAUCCUACAGUAGUCAACACAUUCAGGAGCCUCUUCGACCCCUCGGGUCACCAGAACGCCAUGUAGAUCCCAUCUAUGAAGAGCGUGUCUACCACAACAAGGCCCCCAUGAGGAGCUUAAGCCAGAGCCAGGGGCCGGACACAGGCCCUUACCGCAACAACACGGCUCCUUCCUCCCCUGGUGUCGACUCCGCCCCCUUACAGCGCACAGCUAGUCACAGCACUGGGUCUGGAAACUACAGCCGUGGAGGGACCAACAACUAUGCCACAGUGGGACCGGGCUACACCUCAAGCGGAGGUGGCGGAGACAUGUACGGUUCCGAUCCUUAUGUGGCCGACCCUUACCGCACCUUGCAGUACUGCCCCUCGGUGGUUGAAUCCCCCUACAGCAAGUCUGGGCCUGCCCUGCCACCAGAAGGCAGCCUGCAGCGUUCACCAUCCAUCGACUCUAUCCAGAAGGACCCGAGGGAAUUUGGGUGGAGAGAUCCAGAGCUGCCAGAGGUGAUCCAGAUGCUACAGCAUCAGUUCCCCUCAGUGCAGUCCAACGCAGCAGCCUACCUACAGCAUCUCUGCUUUGGAGACAACAAGAUCAAAGCUGAGAUUCGUCGACAAGGAGGGAUUCAGCUGCUGGUCGACCUACUAGAUCACAGGAUGAGUGAAGUUCACCGCAGCGCCUGCGGGGCGCUAAGGAAUUUGGUAUACGGCAAAGCCAAUGACGAGAAUAAAGUCACUCUGAAGAACUGCGGGGGAAUUCCGGCCUUGGUGCGCCUGCUGCGGAAGACCGGAGACGUGGAAGUCAGAGAGCUGGUCACAGGGGUGCUGUGGAACCUGUCAUCCUGUGAUGCUCUGAAGAUGCCAAUCAUUCAGGAUGCUCUGGCUGUUCUGACCAACAGUGUCAUUAUCCCCCACUCUAACUGGGACUCUUCCCCUAAUCACCACGAUGACAGGAAGCUCCACCUCCAUACCUCCCAGGUGCUGCGUAAUGCCACAGGCUGCCUCAGGAAUGUAAGCUCUGCUGGCGAGGAGGCAAGAAGAAGGAUGAGGGAGUGUGACGGCCUGACAGAUGCUCUGCUCUUCGUCAUCCAGACAUCACUGGGCAGCAACGAGAUUGACAGCAAGACUGUGGAAAACUGUGUUUGCAUCCUGAGAAACUUGUCGUACCGCUUGGCUGCCGAGACGUCCCAUGGCCAACAGGGGGGGUUGGAAGAACUUGACAACUUGCUUUGGGAUGCCAAUGGACGUGAUGGAGAGAGCUCUGGCUGCUGGGGCAAGAAGAAGAAGAAAAAGAAGGGAAUUGAUCAGUGGGAUGGUGUGGGCCCUUUUCCGGACAUGGCCGAGCCCCCGAAAGGGGUGCAGAUGUUGUGGCACCCGACCAUCGUCAAGCCCUACCUCACCCUUCUGUCUGAAUGCUCAAAUCCUGACACCCUGGAAGGAGCAGCUGGUGCUCUGCAGAACCUCGCUGCAGGCAGUUGGAAGUGGUCGGUGUACAUCAGGAUUGCUGUGCGUAAAGAGAAAGGCCUUCCCAUCCUGGUGGAGUUACUGAGGAUAGACAAUGACAAAGUGGUGUGUGCCGUAGCCACCGCUCUCAGAAAUAUGGCCUUGGACAUAAGGAACAAAGAGCUCAUUGGUAAAUACGCCAUGAGGGAUUUGAUCCAUCGGUUACCAGGAGGCAGCAGCAGCAACAAUAACGCCACCAGCAGUGGGACCACUGUAACGACCAGCUCUCCCAGCAAGGCCAUGUCAGAUGAUACUGUAACUGCCAUCUGCUGUGCACUACACGAAGUCAUCACUAAAAACAUGGAGAACGCCAAAGCUCUGCGAGACGCCGGCGGCAUAGAAAAACUCAUCGGCAUCGCCCGCAGCAAAGGAGACAAACACUCAGCCAAAGUGGUAAAGGCUGCCUCUCAGGUCCUCAGCAGUAUGUGGCAGUAUAGAGACCUGCGCUCCCUCUACAAGAAGGAUGGAUAUUCCCAGUAUCACUUUGUGGGUUCUGCUUCUACGAUAGAGAGAGACAGACAGAGGCCCUACUCGUCUUCUCGAACUCCAUCCGUAUCUCCUGUCAGGACUUCCCCAAAUAAUCGCUCUGCGAGUGCUCCAGCCUCCCCCAGAGAGAUGAUAAGUCUGAAGGAACGUAAGAUUGACUACGAUUCCACGGCAACCAACGCCGGUUUCCAUAGCAACAAAGGAGAGCACACAUCCCGGAAAGACGGCAUGGCAGUUUCCUGUGGAACAUCCACAUUGUUCCGGAACUCUUACCUGACCGCUGCUGAUGAUAUCAAACUAAAUCAGUCUCCACCCCAGCCCUGCAUUGUGCCCCCUCAACCCCAGCAGGACAGUCCAUCAGCAGCCAUGCUAAAAGACUACGACCACUAUCCUGCCCCUCCUUCCUUCCCCCAGCCUCAGCCACCGCUGCCUCCGCCGCACAGCCAGAGUCGGAGCUUUGAAGAUGUCUAUUACGAGGACCAGGGACCGCCCCCCUCACAGUCCCAGCCACAGCCACAGGUACAGUUGCAGGUGCAGACCCAGCCUCAGGCCCAACCUCAGCAGCCUCCAAACACCGGACCUCCCCGAGACCCAAGGGAAGACCUGCGCAUGCACCUGGGUCUGAAAUCUACUGGAAAUUACGUGGACUUCUACUCAGCCUCUCGGCCAUACAGCGAACUGAACUAUGAGACCAGCCACUACCCGGCCUCACCUGACUCCUGGGUGUAGCUAGGCAAUUAUUACGGGGGGUGGGGCAAGAGAGAAUCUGUGUGUGUUCGUGUAAAGGGAUUAUUUUUGCAACGACUAACGGCAGUUGAUUGAAGGGUUUCAGCGUCAGCUUGUCAAAGAGGGAUUCUUGUUGCCAUUGGCAGGAAAUUGGUAUUCAUUUUUAAAAGGUAAUUAACUAAUGUCAGGUCCAGUAAUGAAGGAAAACUGUGCAUGUGCAUGCCAACAUUUUUCUUUUCUUUUUUAAGGCCACUUUAUCUCCUUAAAGUCAGCUCCAUUACAGUGGUGAGUGGAUAAGACGUGGGUGGGUGUCGAUCGAAGUGUGCGAAGUACAAGUGAGGUGUGGGCCGGGGGAUAUAAUAGUAUAGCAAGAGAGCACAGAGUACACAGAUGCUGGGAAGGAAACAAAGUUAGGGGAUAGGGGAGUAAUGGCAAUGAAUGACUAAGAAGAAAUAAGAAGUCGUCUGACGUUUGAUGAAAGCAGAGAGGAGACACAGAUGGCCUGUGUGUUUUUGAAGAGGUCCACAAGUAUAAAAGCACAGAGAAAGAUGAAAGCACAUCAGGCACAAGAUGAAGAUGUGGAUGUUUACCAUUUCACCCAUGUGACAAACGUAGCACCUGCUUUUUUUCGUUCCGAUGGCCGUGCUACCCAGAGACUUUGCGACUUUGUUUUUAAGGAAUAUCUUCGUCAAGAUACUUCUUUUGUGUCAUCUUUCUUUUACAUCUUUUUUAUUAGUACUUUUUCUAAAAUUUCACUUACAAAAAAAAGCAUUUUUAUUUUCUGUACAAAAAGUAAAAUAGUGUGUAUAUUACACAGAUUCUGACGGGGCCACUCAAGAAGAACAUUCUUUUUGUUUUUCACGACUGACUACUGACUAAAUCAACAUGAAGCAACGAAACUGAAACACAUGCGAACACAAUGAGCAGUAAACGGUAAAUAUUAGGACGGAUGCCACUGGAUACCUUUUGUUUUAGCCCUUCCCCAUUGUGAAAGGAAGCCCUGCAAUAGUUGUGUUUUCUCUCUCCGUCGAGUUCAUUUUGUUGUGGACAUACUAGAAAGUGUCAAAAUGUUCCAGGCUGCUGCAGCAUUCGACUGACAGAGCAGCAUCACAAGUCCUCGUCAAUUCAAAUUCUUUUUCACUGCCUAAAGAAUAUGUGUGUGUGUUACAAAAGCACUUUUCUCUCCCUUUUGGGAAAGAGAAUAUUUCCACUCUGUCAAUUUUUAGUGGUUUCAGCAUUGAAUUUUAGUGCUUGCAAAAAGACAUGGAUAUCGUACGCCUGACUUUUAACUGUUAAAACGAACAAAAAGAAAAAAAAAAGAGGCGGGACUUUGUGCCAAACUUUGACACCUCAUGGACCAGUCCUGAAGGAAUUCAAAGGGACAUUCUGUCGAAGUUUACAGCCACUAAAUCACUUACUCUGCUUUUUGUAACCUUAUUUUCUUGUGUUUCGUUACGGUGAAGACAAAAUUAUUGCUAGGGAUCGUGGGUAUCAUCUCCCUCCCGUAGAUGUACAGACCUGCCUCUGUGUUUGUUAAGCAUGUGUGGACUAAUGUGCGUGGACACGUGCGGGUGAGCGACUGCGUGUGCGUAAGUAUGCAUGUAUGUGACCGAGUGCGUGGCCCGUGUGUGUACACGUCAAAUCUGAGCGAGCGUAUCUAUGCAUGCAUGUGUGUAGUAGUGCGUGUAUGCCGCUGUUGUGUGUAUGUGCGUGUGUGCAUUUCCUGUAUAAAUCAGUGUCCAAAACAGGCAUUCCUACUGACAGUUCACUUUUGCAACAUGGAAAAACCAAGGUAAAAAUCACUAGAAUAAAAUGUUGAUAUAGAAUGACAAAUCUAUAAAUAUAUGAAUAUAAAUAUAUAUAUAAUUUUUAUGUGCAGAUGUCAUUGUCACUAAACACAAGAAAUGUCCACAGAGAAAAAAAAAAAAAAGAUAAUGUCGUGUACAACAAGACUCUUGAUCACUUGACCUUAACGUGGAAACAGCUAACGCCCUUACCCCACCUCCCCAUCCUUUCAAUCGAGACAUGAAGAAGAAAAAUCCACCUGAGGACGCUCAGGCUCUGGUGCGAGUUGUGUGUUAUUGUGUGUCCAUGCUUCUUAGAUGACUGUGCUGAGAGAGGACGGUACUUGAACACAAGGAUAAAUAAAGACUCUUUGCAAUCAAA